ACCCACAGAGCUCCCAGCAGCAGCUCCCCCUCCCUGCCAGUGCUCAGUGGUUUGCUCCAGUCGACACGCUGCUGCUGUUUGUCGCAGCUCCAGCGGCUGCUCCGGCACUCAGAGCUUCAGCCCGUUUACCGAGCGCACUCCGGACGUCGUCCCCGCACGCUGUCAGCUCUUCUCACCUUCUCACCGUCAGCCUCUUUCAGCGUUUUUGCCUCCUACGUUGGAAGAUACUUGUCUGUCUACAUCCCUGCCUUCCAAUCCAUCCAUUUGGCACUUACCUCCAUCGCCAUUCUCUCCAGGAUGUCACUGAAGGUACAAACCAGUAAUGUGACCAACAAGACAGACCCAAAGUCCAUCAACUCACGGGUGUUUAUUGGCAACCUGAAUACAGCGGUGGUCAAGAAGUCUGAUGUUGAGAGCAUCUUUUCCAAGUAUGGCCGUGUGCUCGGCUGUUCUGUGCACAAGGGCUAUGCCUUUGUCCAGUACGCCAGUGAGAGGCACGCCAGGGGAGCUGUGAUUGGGGAGAACGGCAGGGUGCUGGCAGGACAAACACUCGAUAUCAACAUGGCGGGAGAGCCAAAGCCCAGACCCAAAGGCCUGAAACGAUCAGCAGCUUCUCUCUACAGCGGCUAUGAGUUUGAUUAUGACUACUACAGAGAAGACUUCUAUGACAGGUUGUUUGAGUACCGUGGCAGAGUGUCUCCUGUUCCACGUGUGGUGCCAGUCAAACGCCCGAGAGUGGCUGUACCCCUCGUACGACGGGUCAAGUCUCUGCCCGUCAAACUGCUGGCGUGUAACGCCUCCAUCCUCCCAACCAGCAACGGCAACAAACAAAGAUUGAAAGGCACAGAACUUCAGGCGAUAAAGUCAGAGUUGACUCAGAUUAAAGCCAACAUCGAGGCUUUGCUGGGCAGACUGGAGCAGAUCACAGAAGACCCACACAUAGCUGCCACAGAUUUGAUCAAUACAGAGGAGUGCAAGAGCGAGGAGGCAUGGCAGGGAGGGGAGGAAUCAAGUUCAGAGCUUGAAGAUGAGGAUGAGCAGAGACAGAACAGCGAAGCUGAAGAGGAGGAGGAAGAUGAAGAAGAGGAGGGAGAGCACACACAGGAUGAUAACCACAACCACAUGGAAAACAGACACCUAUCAUCAGAAAUGGACUCCAUUCACCCAUGAACGGUAUUAGGAACUGUGGAGGAAGAGACAGAGGGAGAGAGAGAAAAGCGCUCUGGACAGACAGAACUAGAGAACAGAAAAGGAAGACCAUCAAACAGCAGGGAUCAUGAGACUCACAAGCUCACUCACUAACACAGACAAAACUGUAAAAACACACAGCAAAGAGACAUACUUGACACUUUGUCCAAGCCACAGGAAGAUAAUAAAACAGCAGGUUACUGCCUGAGUGCAUAAACUGAAUUACACACACUAGCACACCAACACACACAUUGAUAUAAAGAAGACAAAAAACAAAAAAACUUAGCGAUGGAGCCAGAUUCACUGUGUCAGAGCAACAGGGGGAUAGUAAAGACAGCAGGCUGUUGUCAAAACACAUCUUAAACUGACAGGUUUUACACACUCGCAGAAAAGCUCUCUUUGGGAAAGCUGGAGCUUGUCAGACCGUCUGCUGCUUUACAGGCCAUAAAAUAUGACUCAAUGGACAACAUAUAGAGAUUGUUAUUUUUAGUAUAGAUUCUUUAAUAUCAAGGUAAAAACAAGUCCCGGGGGCUAUUAUUGUUGCAGAAUUAUUUGCAAGAGUUGAGCAGAGAGUUGCAUACCUCAAUCAGUGUGUGAGUAAUCAGAUUUGUAAACAUGUAAAAAAAAAUCUUCAAAUAUGUACUGAGAUUUGUUCAUGCCCACAUCAGUCAUGUAUUCAAUCUGUAUAUGUUUGUAAUGACAUUUGUAAUCAAAUCGCAGCACAGGUAGAUUAUUUGACACAUUUUGCAAAUCUAAGCAUGCACACCAGGACUUUUCUAAUCGUUCUGUUACAAUUAUAGCCUCAUAAAAUCCCAAAUAUCAAGUGACCGUGUUCUGCCAGGUCGGGCUGAAAUUGCAAGGGAAAUAGGAUGGUUAAUGCCGAACAUCAUGCAAUGAACUAAAAAAACAACAUAAAAAAGAUGCUGAUGAGCAAAUAUUUCACAUGUGCAUGUAUUCACUGUCGCUUGGGUAGUAUAGGCUCUACACAAAUAAACCAACAUGUAAAAUUAAUCAGACAAGUUCACAAAGAAGCAACAUUUUA